AUGUCUGGAAGGCCCGAGGAAGGACUUUACGAUAAUGAGGAAAUUCAAGCGCCUACUGUCCCGCAGGGAUAUCGGAGGAGAGCGAGGUCGGACUUUGAGGGUGACACAGAUCACUCCUCUGCGACUCGCAGAAGAGUGGAGGAAACGCGUCGACCGCAGUGGACCAUGAGAAGCACCUUAAAGGACUUCCUGCUGGAGGGAAACACUCUCAGGUACAAAAUGAGGCUGAACGAUUUCCUUCGGAGCAACUUGGGCGACACGGCGGCUGUUGAUGAAGACCACAACGUGACGAUGGAGGCGUUUGUUCAGGAUCCAGAUGCUUACGUACAAGACCAGCAGCUUCUUGAAGAGAUUCUUAAUUUAGCUGCGUACCAAGAGCUGAAAAGGGAGCUGGAGGAAAGGAAAAUACUAUGGGAGGCUGUUUAUAAGCUUCACCACGAGGGUGUGUACUUUCUCGAUCAAUGGAGGGACUAUGAAGGAAAGGAUACGGUCGCUCCACUUGCAAGGAGAAAUCUAAACAGAGUUCUCACUCAGGUACUGAGAGAAGAACGCCGCGAGGCAGAAGAAAGGGCAAGGCGGGACAAGCAACAAGUAAUAUUUAACUUAUUUGCUAAGAUCGAAGAUUUGUUGUUUAGAGGAAGAGUUCGCGUCAUGAAAAUAAAGCUGAAUGAUUUUCUUACGCUGGAAAUGGAAGGCAGAGGCAUUUUGCGUGCCAAUCGGAAUGUCUUACUGAGGAAUUUUAUCAGUGAUCCCACGAGGUAUAUCCGCGAAGCGGGAGUAUUGGGCGAAAUACAGGCAGCCGAUGCUUAUGCGGGGAUGGAAGGGGCUGUGAGGGAUGAAAUGGAUAUGGAAGAGGAUGUACGCAGGCUUCACGAGAAAGGUGUCAACAAUCUACUGAGGUGGUCAUUAGCUGCCGAGGAGGUAAAAGCAGGUGCUCGAGACAACAAUAAAAACACAUUGGAUGCAGCACUUCAUGAAGCGAGGAAGCCAACAAUGACGAUGAGUGCACCGAUGAAACUGGAGGGAUGCUACGAGUCUGUGUACAAUGCGAGGUGGCAUUGUGUCGUGGAGGUUCCUGUUGGCGAGGGGACGGGAAUGUAUGUGAGGGAAGGGGAAGCACAGCAGUCAUGGACGUACAGGGCGGUUGGCAAAACUUUUGAAAAGAAUGACGGUGUGGAGCAAUCCGGUGCAGUGCGUCCCAGGCUGAUGGUGCUCGCCUCGGACAAGGGAUGGCCGUACACGUGGGGACAAGGGCUGAAUGAACUUAUUCCUGACUGCUAUGUGAACUGCGAGGUGGAUCGAGUGUGGCAGACCGUCAAGGGCGGUCUCACCGAGUGGUUCAGCAGUCACGGUAAGAACAAAAUUUCGCCUGAUCCGUUUGUGUUGAUUGGGACGCCAGGGAUCGGGAAGUCGAUGGCUGCCGGCUCGUACCUUCUCUACCAGCUGCUGCACUACGAUGUGGAGCGACUGCAAAUGGUUGCGUACUUUAUUGGGAAUCGAAAAUUUCUUUUUGACAAGACCACCAAAACGGUGGAAAAAUACAGUGCGGCGUCUAAUAUCGUGGAUAUUUUGGACGAGUUUUCUGAUCGUGGGUUGAAGGGGUAUAUUAUCUACGACGUGGCAUUGAAGGGUCAUCAAACGUCUACUGCUUUGCCUUGCAAGGGAUGGGGCAUGAUUGUGGUGACACCGCCAAACAAAAACAACUACGAAUCGUGGGCGAAGCUGGUGCGAGCGAAAAAAAUCAUAAUUAAUUGCCCUGACGAGAGCGAUGUGAGGGCAAUGUGCAUUUGGAUGAAGCACAAUCGGCAGCUUGAGGAGGAAGAAGCGGACUACUGGAAGAAGGUGAAGGAUCGCAUGGAUAAAGUGGGACCACUUCUUCGCUACAUCUUUGAUGACAGCGAAUACAAAUCUCGGCUUGUCUCGUGCGAAAGUAGAGUUAAAUCAAUGAACC